GUUCCUUUUGUUUUGCUGCAGUCUAUUAAUAAGUGAUGAAGAGAAUGGGGGUUGGCAAUGGUGUAUUUAUAGUAUUAAUGUUUGUUGUAAUGGCACAAGGGGAAAAUGUAUGGGCAUUGGAGUAUAAUGUUGGUGACAGCACUGGUUGGAUUGUUGGGCCUGUCAACUACACCAUUUGGGCAGCCUCCAACCAGUUUCAUGUGGGGGACACCUUAGUUUUUUCAUACGACAAACAAUUUCAUAAUGUAGUUGAAGUGACAAAGGAAAAGUAUGACAAGUGCACAUCAGCAGCACCACUGGCUUACUACAAUGAUGGAAACACUACAGUGGUAUUGAAAAAACAAGGCUCUCAUUACUACAUAUGUGGCUUCCCUGGGCACUGUGUGGCAGGUCAGAAGGUAAAAAUCACAGUGCUGCCACUGCCAGCUGCCGGUCCUAGUCCUCCUCCUGCUCCAGCCCCCUCUCCUCCUUUUGUUGUCCUUGACAAAGGAAAUAGCAAAAGCAAUACCUUUCCAUCUGUCCCCUUACAUCAGCUUGCUUCUGCACCACUUUUGGCUGCAUUGAUGUGGGCCUUGAUUGUAUUUCACUUAUUCUAGUUGUCUUACUCUUUUCUUCAGUCAUCUACAAAGCAAACUGCCAUAUUUAGAUAUGAACUAACAUGUUUUCAUUUAUUAGCUCUAAGAAGACUGCAUGCACUCACAGUUAUUUAGGAAAAAGAGGGGUGCAGGUAUAGCUGUGUUGUCAAUUUUUUCUCCUCUGAUAUAGACAGCAUCCUUCUCAUGAUUCAUGAGUAUGACCUACUUUUUA